GCCAUAACUACUGCACAGCUCCCCUUCUUUGAUGGGCAUCCAUUAUCAGAAAGUAAAAGAGGAAAAGUUUGUUCCUUUUUCGGAUUUACAGUUCAUAUUUGUUGAUGGGUCGCGUGUGUGGUGGUCGGAGACUGCGCAGGUGCGCCUCCACGACAUUUCUGCUGUGCUUGGUCGCAUUCGUUCUGGGGUCGAUGGCGGUCAAUGUGAUCAAGUGGAGGCAUACUUCGACUUCCUCGGCCUACUCGAGCUCUGCUGCGGACUGCAGGGAAACUGAUCCCAAUAUGAAGAAAGUGUUGCAGCACAGAGUUGCUUUACUAAAGGAGGAAAUAGAUCUUCGCGAAACCGUCGCAAGAGAAUCCCUCAAACGCACCGAGGCAGCAAUAGAAAUGAGUAUUAAAACCUCAGCGAGAUUUCAGAAUGAGGCGGCGAAGUGUAGGAUUUGUGUGGAGACUUGUGAAGAAGGAAGAGAGAGGGCCGAAGCAGAGCUCGUCAAGGAGAGACGGCUCACGAGGCUGUGGGAGAAGCGGGCUCGCAAACAAGGGUGGACCAACAACUCAAUAUACGUACAGGGAUAGUGAGUGCUAGCUAACCUAUUAUUUUGGAUACAAACUAACAAAGGUAACUUGCAAUCCAAGGAAUCAUCUGUAUAGAAGGUCAGGGACCUUCUUCUGUUGCUUCUAGUUCUAAGCUAUUGAAUCAACUUUUUAUGGUAGGAUAUACAUCAUAAAAGGUUACUCGUAUGAUGGCUUGCACGGGGAAGGGACGGUCCCUCAAAGGGAUGUGAGAGGGACAGGUAU